CCUUGCCCUGCACUCCAAAGCCUACAUAUAUGAGAUGGAAAAUCGAGGGCUGUUCGGUGCCCUUUGUUACCUGAUGCUCAAUGCCCCCUUGCUGUUCAUGGUACACGCUACAUUUACAGAAGUUCCUAAAGAUGUGACUGUUAGGGAGGGAGAUGAUAUUGAGAUGCCUUGUGCUUUCCGGGCCAGCGGAUCCACCUCUUACUCCUUGGAAAUCCAGUGGUGGUAUCUUAAAGAACCAGCACGAGAGCUUGCCCACGAAUUAGCCAUCAGCAACCCUGGCAGCAGAAGCAAGGUAACAAAUAAGGAUGCAACCAAGAUCAGCACGGUGCGCGUCCAGGGCAACGACAUCUCGCACCGGCUGCGGCUGUCGGGGGUGCGGCGGCAGGACGAGGGCGUCUACGAGUGCCGGGUGUCGGACUACAGCGACGAAGACACGCAGGAGCACAAGGCCCAAGCCCUGCUGCGCGUCCUGGCGCGCUUCUCGCCGCCCGACGUGCAGGCGGCCGAAGCCGUCUCGCACAUCCAGAGCAGCGGGCCCCGCCGGAGCAGCCCGCCCGGGCGAGCCACCGCUGAGCCCGGCCUGGGAAGCAAGCGCCUCCUGCCGGCGCAGGGCGAAGCCGCCGCCGCCGCUUCUUCUUCCUCCUCCUCCUCCUCGUCCUCUUCGGCAGCCUCUGUCCCAGCCGCCUCGUCGGCCUCGUCCUCCAGCACCACAACGGUGGCGGCCGCGGCGGCCGCGGCAUCGUCGGCCUCGCCUUCCCCCGGCAAAGCCACCAUCCUGCGCCAGCAGCACGGAUCCGGUACAGAACCUAUUUACGCUACAGAUCCAUUCCUCUGUACAUUCCUGUUAAUGUUGCAUAAGCUUGUACACUUAUUAUUAAACCACUGAUGGACUUCUUUAUCCAAUAACCCUCAACCAAAUGAAAAGGAACCGACUUAAAACAAAAUGGGGGGAGGAAAAAGGAAAGAACCCUCAAUGAGAACUAGUACCUUAAAGAUGGACAGACAGAGACUGGAAAAGAAGCAUGACACAGUCUACAGGGGGAAGGGGGAAAGCAUAUUUUUGGGGACAUUACACAAAGGUCAGUCACCUGAAAUAAUGCAUCUAGUUUCAAGAUUCUAUGGCAUAAAUGCCCUAUUCCACACAAGGUAGCUAUUAUUUCUAUCUUUUACUUUUCCAAUUUU